UAGGCUUGAUUCCCGGCACGAGACCCAUGAGAUAACCUUUCCAACGAUGCAUGUCACAUACCUCGCGUACUAAAAUUGCUUGUAUGCGAUCAAGAAUUGACGGGAUUGAGUCAUCACAACAACCAUCUAACUAAACUGAUAUUUGAUCACAUUUUUAAAGAUGGUUGUGAGAUGUCUUUUGUGCAAAACUACUUACCAGAAGGAAAGAGAUAUACAAAUGCAUAAAGUUCCAAAAAAGAAAGAAAUUAUGAAAGUAUGGCUGUCUAUACUAAAUAUGGAACAAAUAAAUCCAAAUGCAAAACUUUGUUCAAAACACUUCACAGAGGAGGAUUUCACGAUAAGUGUAACUGGAGGAAGAAAAUAUUUAAAACCUAAUGCAAUUCCGUCACUAAAUUUAUAUCCAAAAACUAAGAAAGUCACUGGUUGCAGUAGCUCUGGAAUAAAGGGAAAAAAUGUACAGGACACAUAUGACAUAAGCCAUACAUCUUUGAAAAGAUCUCUGUCAAUGGAACAGUUACUUGAAGAAGUACCUGUAACAAAUAUAAAAAUAAUUUAUGAUACAGACAGCCAACAAGUUUCGCAAUUGCCACUAGAGACAGAAGCACUUUUACAUCUAAAUUCGCCUCUGAAAGCUGAGGAAAUCACCGAUUGUAGCAGCUCUAAGGAACAAAGUAUACAAAACACACAACACUGCAAUGUGACACAUGCCUCUUUGAAAAGAUCCCUGUCAAUGGAACACUCAUUAGAAGAAGUGCCUCUAAAAAAUUUAAUAACAAUUUAUGAUAUAGAUGUCAAAAAGGUUUCACAAUCACCACUAGAAGCAGAAGCAUGUUUGGAAGUACUGUUUGAAGAACUGCAUGCAAAAAAGAAGGAAGUAAAAUUUCUCAACAAUAAAAUUUGCAAAUUGCAGAAAACAGUGAAGGAUUUAAGCUCAUUAAUAGAUACUUUGCAAGAUAAGUUAAUAAACGAUCACAGCUAAAGAUGUAUUUAAAAAAUUUAAGAAAUGUGCAAAGUGGAAAUUUACACGUUGCUUCCUCAUCAUCUGGAUAAGUUGUUUCUUUUUCAAUUUUGGCUUUCUCAUAGACUUUGUGAAUUAAGGUGUAAAUUAGAAAUUCGAAAUUGCUUUCUCAGAUUUUUAAGUGGCACACAAAGCCUUUCCCGUAUGAGAAAGCCAUGCGCAAGUUUUUAAUUCUCCUUCCAUGUACAUGCGAGUUAUUGGUUUUCUUAUAAAAGAAGUGUGUGAAUUAAAAUUCUGAGGGAGCAAUUUUCAAGUUACACCUUAACUCGCAAAGCUUCCUCUAUGAAGAAGCCAAAAUUGAAACAACUUGCCCAGAUGAUGAGGAAAUUAAAAUUCUGAGGCAGCAAUUUUCAAGUUACACCUUAACUCGCAAAGCUUCCUCUAUGAAGAAGCCAAAAUUGAAACAACUUGCCCAGAUGAUGAGGAAGCAAUGUG